AUGGUGCGGCAACUAUUACCGAACUAGCAAAGAUACGUGGAAAAAGAUAAAAAGGUUCAGUGAUGUUGGAUUUUGGACUUGGGAUUUUUACAUAGGAAUGUGGAUUUAUGAAGUCAUCGGGAACGUGAAGAAGACAGUGUGAAUUGUUUUGCCAGAUGUGCAUCUCCAGCCACACUAUGACGUAACUAGCGUCAUCCCAGGACAAUGGAUGCACCGGAUGUUAUUAUGGACACAGGGCAGAGGACGGAUAUACAAAUCAUCCAGAGUGAGCAUCAAGAAGUAUCCGCAACCAGUCAGGAACGUUUAUUGAACAGUGAUUCUGUUUCAGUUUCGAGUAGUGGAUUAGCAUCAAGAAAUAGCUUAGCCAACAUGACACCGCAGGAUAAUCCACCCAAUCCUGUUAACAAGCAGAGGGCAAAGGAACGGAGUAAGGAGACCAACCAGGCUCUGUGCACGAACUUGGUGGAAUUCAACAGUUGUGAGACUUGUGGGCAGAAACUAAGUCCCGCUCUAAACCACCAUCAUUGUGGCUCUCGAGAGCCAAAGGACGAUGAUGGAGCCGAAAGGGAGAACACUGAUGGUGCUGCUACUGAACUAUCUGAUAGUGAGGUGGAGACAUUUACUGGGAAGAUCGUCUAUAACCCUGACGGUUCUGCGUUCAUUAUUGAAGGAGAGUCUGAGUUUAGUGACGAAGAAUGUAGCUUAGAUCUACCUCAGCAAGAAGGCAGCAUCGUUGAUUCGCGGGGUGUAUCCCCCCAGCAGUACAGGGGUUUUCCCCAAGUAGUGAAUGCCUUUCACAUUUCGAAGAAUCCUGCUCUUUAUAGUGCCCUGUACGACCAAGCUUACAGUUUCCUCCAAGAAAAGAAAAAUGUUCCUGAAGUACCUAUUAUGCACUGUUAUAGGGUGUUUACUGUGCGAGAGAAAAAUGAGACUAAUUGUAACGAUAAAAGUGAAAACUCUGGGCCUGAUAAAAAGCCGAGUAUCGUAAGCAAGAGAAAUAUUCCUUCUUUAGAAUAUUCUUCAGUUCCGGUUAAACCUAUUCUUAUGUGUUUUAUAUGUAAGCUGUCUUUUGCAUAUGCCAAAUCAUUUGUUGCUCAUGCUGUUGGUGAACAUAAUAUUGCCCUCGUUGAUGAAGAGCGACAAAUUUUGUCACAAAAGAAUAUCUCUGCCAUAAUUCAAGGAGUGGGAAAAGAAAAAGAACCGCUUUUGUCAUUCCUAGAACCUAUUCCUAGCAAGGCAGCUGAAGUCAAUGAAACGCCCCACUAUCAAGGAAGUUUCUAUGACCAAGCUGCUCACAGCUCAUACUCUAGUUCCUCGGCAGCAUCAAGUGCCGUCAGUUCUCUCCUAAGCAUUGUCAAUAGUGCUGUGUCUAGUGUGAUUUGCCAGUCUGUAAACAGUUCAGCAGUUACGACAUUAGUCCCUGCAAGCUUAAACCCAGUUGCGUCAGUCAGGGACAUCAAAGCAUCUGUGAUUGAUUCUAAUUCUACAACAAAACAAAAUAAUCAGGGAAAAUCUUCUGACUACCCAAAAACCAGUGAGGAGUCUUUAGCUCCAGAACUUGAGGACUUAGCAAAUAUAGAGAAAUUAGCAAAAGCAGCUGCUGCAGCCGCAGAAGCGAAGUCUUUUUCUGAACUAGAGAAUACUAGCUAUAAGGAUCUGAACGGGAAAAAAUUCCAGGAAGAAAAUGGUGAAGAACAGAACACAGAUAUUCACGAUUCUAAAAGUCCUGUUCUCUCUCAUCUAUCGAUGACGUCAGAUAGGCCAGCUAGCAGUAACAGUGGGGGUAGCAUAUCGCCUAGAGGAUGUGUUUCCCCAAAAGUUCCAACCUCACCAAAUCAGUUUUUAGCUACAAGCUAUUCUCCUGGAUAUGGAGUUGGCAACAUUAUGGAAAUCUGUUCCCAACACCCUGAUGGUAAGACGAACGGAGUAGAAUGUCCAAAAUGUGACCUUAUCCUCGGGUCUUCAAAAUCUUUGGGUGGUCAUAUGACCAUGAUGCACUCCAAAAACUCCUGUAAAACUCUUAAAUGUCCGAAGUGCAAUUGGCAUUAUAAAUAUCAAGAAACUUUGGAAAUUCACAUGAAAGAAAAACACCCUGAAAACGAAAUGAGCUGCAUCUACUGUAUUGCUAAUCAACCACACCCGAGGCUUACUCGUGGAGAGACGUACACUUGCGGAUACAAACCAUAUCGAUGUGAAGUGUGCAAUUAUUCUACCACUACGAAAGGAAACCUCAGUAUUCACAUGCAAUCCGAUAAGCACAUAAAUAAUGUUCAAGAGCUACAAAAUGGAAACAUUUCCACCAAACAUAUAAUCCAGUCCCAACCGCUACCUAACGCUCAUGUUCCAGAACCGCCCAAAAAAGGGCCUUCUCCAACUAAGCCAAAGGCAACGUGGCGUUGUGACGUAUGUAACUAUGAAACUAAUGUUUCCCGAAACUUGCGAAUUCACAUGACUAGUGAGAAACACACUCACAACAUAAUGGUGUUGCAACAAAACGUUAAGCACAUGCAACAGUUAACAGCUCUUCAGCAAGCUCAAGCUCUUGAUCCAAUGUUUCAGUUUCAUCCGGGAUUAUUACUUCCACCCGAUAACCAGUUGCAACCUGAAGCUGCCUUAGCAGACAUGUAUUACAACCACGCGCUCUUAAUGAUGGCAAACCAACAGCAGCAGCAGCAGCAGAGAGUAAUGGCGGCAGCAGCUGCUGCAUCCUCUGGUCCAGGUAAAAGUCCUACUGGACUGUCUUCUAUGACCCCCAUUGCCACUCCCACAGUAGAUAUGGAACACCCAGACCCUACUCUCGUACCAGACAUGCCUUAUGAUGAUGAUUCUAAGAUGUUCGAGUGUUGCAUCUGCAAUUUGUUCUCAGCCGACACCGUGGAAGGUUUAAAUCACCAUCUUCAGCAGGAUCGUACAAGAGAGAGGGAAGACGAGGUGCUGAUGGUUGUUUCUGGGAACUUCAUAUGUAAACUGUGUUCCUAUAAAACUAAUCUGAAAGCUAACUUCAUGUUACAUAGUAAAACUGAUAAACACCUUCUACGUCUCCAGCAUGUUAACCACAUCAAGGAAGGUGGGCCUAGAAAUGACUGGAAGCUCAAAUUCGUCAAUAUGAGUAACUCAGUGCAGAUUCGAUGUAACGCUUGUGACUAUUACACCAACAGUGUUCAUAAACUUCAAAUUCACACAAAUAACCCAAGGCACGAAGGCUGUGCUAGAUUGUUCCUGUAUCUCCAGCUUAGUAAGUCCAAUUUGAAAUCAGAAUCGUCAUUUUACCACUGUGUUUUAUGCAACUUUUCUACUAGCACUAAACAAAAGUUAAUUCAACACGUUAGCUCUCUAGAACACGUAAAACACGACAAUAUGAGACAGAUACAGAGAAGCAUGGAUGACCAUGGAAGGGAAGAUAACUUCAAAGACAUCUUUGUGGUGAAAGAAGUUUCAGAAAAUAAAUCUGGAACAGAUUCAGAAACAUCCCCGAAAUUAAAGGAACACAAAGAGCCUGAAGCCCAGAAGAGCAGAGAACGAUGGGAACAGUUUAGGAAAGAUGAGCAAAACGACGAAUCCGUACUUAAACAAGCUUUACUCGAUCAAGCCAAGAGCUCUAGUGCACCAGGAACAUCGGAAGACACCAACAACUCAAACCAGCAGGCUUAUACAUGUUCUUUCUGUGACUACACUAAUUCUAAUGAAGCCCGUGUCCAGAUGCACAUGUCAGCACAACAUUCUCAGAAAUUAACUCCCCUAGAUUGUCCUCUUUGUCAAGACAGCUUUGUAGAGUGGACAGAAUUGGAAAAGCAUGUAAUGGAUACUCAUAAUGUUAACAAGGAAGGCGUGAAAAGAAUUUUGGCCAUCGUGGACCAUUCAGCAUUUGAAGAUAAAACAGCAGCUCAGAAUGAAGAUUCCGUGGACUCGAAAGAUGACAACAGUGAAGAUGACAGCGAUAGCCAGGAAAAACUUUGCACAGAAGAAUCGGCAGCUGAAGAAUUGGCCUGUCCUAUAUGUUAUAAAAUGUUUGGUAAUGUUGAUGACCUAUUCCUGCAUCAGAACGAGAAAGGGCACAUUGAAAUGAAACAAACACCUCGAGGAUCUGGAUAUAUGUGCUGGUGGAAAGGUUGUAAACAGUUCUUUCCUUCUUCUCAAACUUUACAGAUUCAUUUUAAAGAAGUUCAUGCAAAAAUUCCUCAACUUGCUGUGUCUGAUCGUCACGUUUACAAGUAUCGUUGUAGUCAGUGUAGUUUGGCUUUCAGAACUUUGGAUAAAUUACAACUUCAUUCACAGUAUCAUGUCAUCCGAGCAGCAACUAAGUGUGUCCUGUGUGACCGCAGUUUCCGAUCUAUUCAAGCCCUGCAGAAACACGUUGAGACAUCCCACACUGAUAUGACUAACGAGGAGAAGGAGCAAUAUCAAGCCAGUCUGGCCAAUAAUCCUUUGUUAACAAACCAAGGAAGUGGACCAGGUGUGCUCGAUCCACAAACAACAGAACUCAUGAAGAAAGAUAAUAAUAGAGACACGGUAGAAUCCUCUGAGGAACCCAUGGACACGUUGAUCCCUCAAGAUCCCCCCGAUCAAAUAAAUAACCCUGAAAUGAACACUGACGAUGGAAACGAACAGGCCAUCAACCUAAUAGAUGACAGUACAAAGGAACAGUGUUUUGAAGAUUACAUUAACAGCCAGGCAGUGGCAGAAGAUAGUUACAAUGAUCCCUCUAGGAAAUACAAAUGUCAUCGAUGUAAAGUUGCUUUCACCCGCCAGAGUUAUCUCACAAGUCAUAACAAGACCCUGCUCCAUCGCAAGGGAGAGAAGAUGAGCUACCCCAUGGAGAAAUAUCUUGAUCCCAACCGGCCUUAUAAGUGUGAUGUUUGUAAAGAAUCCUUUACCCAGAAAAACAUUUUGCUUGUGCAUUAUAAUUCUGUUUCUCACUUGCACAAGUUGAAACAAAGUAUGAAAGAGAACAGCACUGGUGCAAAUACAACAGUUUCAACGGCAUCCAUGACAAGCACUACGAUCUCUACCAGUAAUUGCCCAAGUCCAAGCAAUAUAUUAAGUAAUGGCGAAUCAGAUAAAAAACCAUACAAGUGUAACAUUUGUAAGGUUGCUUAUAGUCAAGGAUCUACUUUAGAUAUACACGUAAGGUCUGUUUUACAUCAGACUAGAGCUUCAAAACUACACGAACUGGCAGUGGCUGGACAGAUAGACUUGAGCAUUCCACUUAUUGAAAAACCCGAAUCCACACAGGCCCAAGAUACGCAGCCAAAGUGUGUUAGGGACGUUUCAAGCAAGCUAAAGCCUGGAACAGAAACAAUUACAACAUCUACUGCAUAUUCAGUUUCUGCAUCUCAGCCUUCUACACUGAAUGAAUUAUUACAAGUUCCUCACUGCAUUGUACCAAUCUCUGGUACAGUCACUAAAUCUAGUGCCUCUUCACAACUACCAUUUCAAGUUCCUCCAGACCCUUCAUCAGUACAACAAGCUUUAAGCCUUGCAUCCCACCUAGCUCAAACACCUAUUCUUGCAACCUCUGAUAUUUCAUCACCGAGCACUUAUACUUGUCAGCGUUGUCACCAACCGUGCAUCUCUCAGGAAGCUUUACUUCAACAUCAGCAAUUUUGUUGCUUUUUCGGUCAGCCUCCCGCAUCAUUGUUUGGAGCAGGACCACCAGGCUUAUCUCCUUCUGCCCUAGCUGGCUUGUCUCAAUGCCAGCUACCAAUCCAGAUAGUUCACUCAGAUUUAGCUGGUAGCCAACAACAUCCAGAGAUGGGAUAUUCGAAAUCAGAACAUGCUUCGUCAUCGCCAUGUGAACCUAAUCCAGAAAGACAUUCUUUUUCAUCUCAUGUUAAUGAACAGACGACAUCUAUCCAGAUGAAUUCUCAGAUAUUGAAAUCAAAGUUUCCCUAUCCAAGAAGCAAGCCUUUUAUGUAUAAACACCUGUUGGAAAGCUACGGAUUCGACAUUGUUAUGCAGUUUAAUGAGUUUAACAAAAAGAAAGUCAAGAAAGAUUCAGAGAAUAAAGAUUCUGAAGGUGACAAAGAAACCAAUACUCAUAGAAAAAUUAACAACAAUGAAGCAGGAGAAGGGGAAGAAAAAUUAAAAGCAGUCACCAGUUUUUUACCAGAGAUAAACAAAUCUGUUUGUGAUUUAUGUCAGAGAGAGUUUUCGAGUAUUUGGGUUUUGAAAUCUCAUAAAGAGGAAUACCACAAACAAGUUGUACCUUUCAAUUUACUGGAGACUUUUGUAGAUGAAUAUAAAAAACAUUAUGAAAAAAAACAGUCACAGACAGAAGAUGGGGGUAGCACUUCAGAUGCUACACCAACUCCCACAUCAACACCAGAAAGCAAUGGCCAGGUCCAAAAAGAUCCUUGUUCAUCCAUGGGUCUUUAUGCCUUAGGAGCACCAACUUUACCGUCGCCUGUAACAUCCAUGGCUGGUCAACAAAAUGAUUCUUUUAGUGCUAAUCAUAUGGCAGCACAAUUCCAGUUUAAUCAGUUACUGAUGAGCAUGGGACUAGGAAUGGGAUUACCCGUAGGGAUGGGUAUGUCUCUUGCCACUAUGAACAUGCACCCUCCAAUGAUUCCAAUGAUGAUGCCACCUCCUGUUGAUCCCUUCAUGGCUUCUGCCUUUAAGCAUCCAAUGUUGGCAGGGUCCCUUGAACCAAAUUACUUUGCUUCUCAACAGAAGUUGCUUCAACAGCAACCACAACAACUGUCGCAGUCACAGCAACAGAAGCGAGCAAGAACGCGUAUUAGUGAUGACCAACUGAAAAUCUUGCGUACAUACUUUAACAUUAAUAAUUCUCCCACAGAAGAACAGCUCGUAGAAAUGUCAGAUAAGUCAGGAUUAACAGUAAAAGUGAUUAAACAUUGGUUUAGAAAUACUUUGUUCAAAGAAAGGCAACGCAAUAAAGACUCUCCUUACAACUUCAGCAAUCCCCCUUCUACAUAUUUAAACUUGGAAGAAUAUGAAAAAACGGGGGAAGCAAGAGUACUCUCUGUAAAUGAACCUAGCCACCAUACUGAAGUAAACAAUAAAAACUUUAAAGAAAUACCUCAAGAAAAUGAGCUGAUAAUACCACAGAAUAAUACUGCUGUUUUUGAUAAAGAAAUCAUAAAUUCUAAUGAACGACGAACACCAGAGAUGUCUGUGAAAGAUAAAAGUGCAUCAAGCCAGUGUGUGGGGAAGAGUAUGACAACAAUAGAUACAUAUCCUGCAUUAUCUUCAAGAGAUUCAGAAUUAAGUAGAGAACCAACGUUGUACAGCGAUGCAUGUAACUCUCAGAGUGAAAUGUUAAAACAAAAAGAUUCGAGUGAUGAUUCAGUAGAUUAUUCUUCGGGUUCCAUAAACUUUUCAGUCGCCACGACUAGUACUUCGUUUGGACAUGCAGGAGUUCCUAAAAGUGACACAACAAAACCUUCUCUAUCUCCUAAUUCCAUAUCAUCUCGAAGUUCUGGCUCAGGAAAACGUGCUAAUAGAACACGUUUUACUGAUUAUCAGGUUAAAAUUUUGCAAGAGUUUUUCGAAACAAACGCUUAUCCAAAGGAUGAUAAUUUGGAAUAUUUGUCAAAACUUUUACAUCUGAGUCCUCGUAUUAUUGUGGUAUGGUUCCAAAAUGCUAGACAGAAAGCUAGAAAAAUGUAUGAAAAUCAACCUCCAGUUACUACUGAAGAAGAAAACUCUGGACGUUUCCAGAGAACUUCAGGAUUAAAUUAUCAGUGUAAAAAGUGCUUGCAAGUAUUUCAGCGCUAUUAUGAACUAAUCAAGCAUCAGAAAAGUCUGUGCUUCAAGGAUGAAAAUCCAGUUGCAACACAGGUUAAAGCUUCUUCAGAUGGGACAGAGGCAAGAUCACGCCCAGUUCUGCCUGCAGUUAAUCAAGGAGUCAACCGUCCAACAGAUCAUAGUAAAACUGCCUGUCAAAAUGGAACAUACCAAUGUGAUAAGUGCAGUUUAGCGUUUCCACGUUUUGAAUUAUGGCGAGAACAUCAGAUUGUUCAUAUAAUGAACCCGAAUUUGUAUUCUAGUUAUUCACCCAACUCAUCCUUUGGAAUGCUUCAAUACGAAGCACAAGGAACAAUGAAACGUAAACUUUCUGAAGAUGAAGAAUCGAAGGAGUCAACUGACCAGCCAAGAGACAAAAGGUUAAGGACAACAAUUCUCCCGGAACAACUUGAUUUUUUAUACCAAAAGUAUCAGAUAGAAAGUAAUCCAAGUCGGAAAAUGCUUGAAUCAAUUUCCCGAGAAGUGGGGCUAAAGAAAAGAGUUGUUCAGGUUUGGUUUCAAAACACGCGAGCCCGAGAGAGAAAGGGGCAGUUUCGUGCUCAUCAGCAAGUCAUACAUAAACGGUGCCCAUUUUGUCGAGCUCUGUUCAAAGCUAGGUCUGCACUCGAAUCUCAUCUAGCUACUAGACACGCUGAUCAGUAUACUAAAGGAGAGAUAAACGUUGAUGCUUUUCCUGAUGGAGAUACCGAUUCAGAGGCUGGGAACAGCGCCGAAGAUGAAGCUAAAGGAAGUAUUUCAGGUUUUCCUAGCUUGCUCACAUCUUCUUCUCCAGUACCGGGAUAUUCUCCUUCAUCUGUGAAUUCAAUGAACAAAUGCACCGAUGAAGAACCAUCAAAGAAGCAUGAUAGCGACUUGACAUUCCCCGAUAUUAAUACAAAAGAAUCUUCUGGGCCUGCAGAUCUUAGUGUGAAGUUCCAGCAGUCUGGAACAUCAAAACUGAAGGAUGGGCCCCUUGAUCUGAGUAAACCAAUGAAAGUAAAUGUUCAAGCAGAUAAGUCAAUAGACCCGAUACCCACUAAUUUAAGUGACAAAAGUUUGGAAGACUCAUCUUUCCGAUUAUCUAUUAUUGACGACACACGUUCAGAGACUUAUUCAGAAUCUACCGACAGAGAGGGUGAAGACGUAUCGCACGAAAGCAGUCCAACGUCUCCAGCUACCCAGUCUCAAUCGCAAAAUACGCGUAACAUGACCAAUUCUGCAAAGAGAUUUAGAACCCAGAUGACUACAUUGCAGAUAAAAAUCAUGAAAUCUAUUUUUGUAGAUUAUAAGACACCAUCUAUGGCAGAAUGUGAACAAUUGGGUCGUGAAAUUGGUCUUGCCAAGAGAGUAGUCCAAGUUUGGUUCCAGAAUGCUCGAGCAAAAGAGAAAAAAUCUAAAAUAGCUUUUGCGAAAACUUUUGGUCAGGAAAUGGAGACGAAAACAACUGCAGAAGAAUGCAAAAUCUGUAAGUUCAAGUAUGAUCCAAAAUUUUCUACAUGUAUACAGGACCACUUGUUUUCCAAAAGACAUAUAGAAAACCUGAAGAUCCAAAUUGAGAGCCUCAAGAAUUUGACAGAUAGCCAAGAAACAUCUUCUCAUUCCGCUGAUUUCCCCACUGCUGGUGGAGGAAAUGCUUUAUCUCAGCUUAUGCAGCAAGAACGAAUGGAAAAUAAUGCGUCCAUAGUAGGAUCAUCUUCAUCUGCUAUUGCGGUAUCAGGCCAACAGAACCUAAUGCAACAACUACAGAUGUUGGAACUUCAGCAGAUGACUAGUCUUGGUAUUUCUGGGCUUGGUUUGCCUAAUAAUCAUGAGACAAAUUCAUCAAACACCAAGGAUAAGGUUAAUUCUUCGCUUAGCGAAAGAAGUUCUUGUAGAAAGGAAAAUUCAACAGGGUCUUCGACUCCAAUGGGACUUGCCAACACCUCUGUCAAACUAACAGGAGAUGCCACCAAAGACACCGUGGUGCCAGUGCCUUCUGCAAUUUCCACUCAUAGUAAUACAUCAGUGAAUCAAAAUAUGGAUUUUUCUGUUCCUCCCAAUGAUGGAUCUGGCUUAUUUCCUUAUAUGUACACCGGAGUACCAGGAUACUACCCAGGAAUGCACAGCAACAUCAUUCCUCCUAGCAUAUACAACACAGGAACUUCUACGGGAGGCCUCUUUUACGAUGCCAAUAUGUAUAGUACACCGUUGUCACUACUACAACUUCCACCUCCAGCGCUUCUAGAUGUUACUCAGAAGAUGACACAACCUGGAAACAGCAUCACUAGGUUCUCUCCAGAUGGCAAGACCACGGUUAACCUGAAAGGUACUAUUCAAGAGAUCGACUUCCAUCAAGUGGCUGAAGUGGAUGUUGACAUAGGUUUUGUGUGUAAGAAUUGUCAGAUGGUCUACCCUUCAGAAGCUCUUUGCCUUAAUCACCAGAGGGCGACGUGUUUCAGAACAACAAAAGGAGACAUUCGGGCCAUUUUGAAGCUUGUUCAACUUAAUUUCGAAUGCCGUGCGUGUUGCGAGCGGUUUACCAGUAUUUUAGAUUUUAAGUUUCAUUGUGACAUGGACCGCCACGUCAAACGGGUACAGAAACUUCAGCGAGAUGCUAGUUCGAGCUGUGACUUGGGAACUUCUAUGAGCAUACAGAUUUCUGCGGCUCAGAACAUCGCGUCGCCAAGCGGUCAUUUGAAUAACUAUAACACUUCACCGAUGAUGCCGUCUACUUCUAGCACUCCUGUUAUGGCAGGUUUCUCCGUCGCUGCGGCCACUAAUCACAUGCCCACCUGUUCCUUGACGUCAUCAGUUCCCCAGAGCAAAGGGAUAUCCACAUCACGAGGGUCACAGCUUCCACCCAACAACAGAAAUGGUCUGCCGGAAGUUGUUCCUUCUCUUCUCUUUCCGGGAGGCCAUUCUGACUUCAGACACGAGCUAGACUCUUCUCUCAGUUUCAGCAUGGGUCUGGAAGCGAUGGUCAUGCGAAACGGGAUGGACUCUUCAACGCUUGAUAUACCCGUUUCGGACCACACGUCUCCAACCUCGAAGCGAGGAAUUUGUUUCUCAGGUGACCCGACAUUAAGUCCAGAGGCCAAAAGGCUUUGAUUUCGUUGAAACAUAUUAGGCAAUAAUGUGUACAUCAAUUGUUCACUUUAAAAAUUAAGAUGGCCGUGAUUGCUUACCUACUUUUUUAAGACUGGGGUUUAACCUUAAAUAAUACAAAGUGGUCCUCAGAAUUAAAUCAUUUUUACCAUUGCGUUUCUGAAAUCGAAAAUUUUAAUAUUUCAAUUGAAUUUGAAAUUUGGAAUUCAUUUACCAAGAAAUUGACCAAUAUGGUCUGUUUUUAUUAUUUAUCAUUGGUAUGUAAUCAGUACAUGCUUUUAUUCGUAGAUUGGCCUCUGUCGUGUUUCCUACACACUCAGGUAUUUGCUUAGUUAACUACCAAGCAAGUCCAGUCAUGUAAAAAUGAUCAUUAUUGUGAUUUGUGUUGUUUGUAUAUUAAUCUGUGAGGUAAAGCAUUAGACGUAGAAUUCAUAUGUUUGUUCAGUGAAGUAUCAGCCACGGCGCCAUCAACAUGAAGAUUAUAAAAUAUUAUUAUGAUUUAAGUAUUCCUUAAAAAAAAAUGUUCACUUUCGCAGACCUAUUCCUCUGUACCAAAACAGGGAACUUGCUUUCUUUGGAGGGCUUUAACUGACCUUUCGUGGAUUGCCUUGUGUAAAUGAUAAUAUUGUAUCGUCAAGAACAGCCAAGAGGCUUUACAAAUCAGUAACUUGCAUUUUACAAAAAAAAAUAAAUAAAAUAAAUAAAAAAUAGGGGAAGAUUGGAUAAAAGUCACAAAAUCAAUCUACGAAAUCACAAUGUUCACUACAAGAUAAUGUUCCUGACCGACAUUCGCCCAAAAUCCUCAUCUCCUAGGGCGAACCCGGGCUAAAGAAAGUUCCUGUUUUUUUACACGUGAAACGACUUCGUAGAGGACAAAGAAACUUUUAGCAUUUUUUUCUUUCUCGUAUAGAUUGUAAUCACCUUUUGCACGACAUUCUGUCAGAAAAUUCAAUCACUUUAGAAAAUUGAUAGAGAUGUGUAAAGUACUUUUAAAUUCCUUUCUAGACAGAUGUUAAAUCUGUGUGAAAUUGUACAAAGUGAAUGUCCGUAGCACCCAUUAAAAAUGGAAGUAACAUUUAAUGGUGUUGUAGAAGUAUUUACGUAUUGCAUGCUUUUAUUUCUGCCGUGUGAUGAGUACAUUACUAGUUGGUCAGCUAACCUCUUCAAACUUUAAUGAAUUGAUGUAAUACUUUUAUUGUGGAUUAGAUGCAAAGAUUGAACGUAAGUAGUAAGCAACUUCCCUGAAGAAGCCAGAAUAGUCCUUUAAAAUGGCGGUAGGGAAAGAUGCUCACUGCCAAGUUGAAGUUUAAUGAGUCCUGAAAGGUUAGGACACCAUUAGAAGGCGCUAACUGAGUCAGCCUCUCAAGUAACUAGAAUUGAAAUAGAAUUUAGGAGUGUCUAGAUAUUACUUGUGGCUGUAAAUAUUGUAGUGAAGGUAAGUUGGCUUUUUAAAAUUAGUCUCCUGGUGGUAAUUGUGGAAACUACAUCCUACUUCAGCGCCUAACUGAAACAAGGAAUUAUCUUGUUGUAGAUGGAUGGAGUUAGAGAUUACGUCUAUACUUUGACAAUACUAUAUAUAUUUUUGGAAGUGUGGGUUUCGUGUAGAUGUAACAUUCAAACUCCAUGUAUUUGAUUUUAUAUGUGUGAAUAUUAUACACGUGUACUUAACACAAUAUACACAUACAUGUACACCUGCUUUAUUCGCCUUUACCAACAGUGGGCGUGACUCAGUUCCUAAACUUUUUUCAGAAUGACAUUGAGGUGUUUACAUGGACAGAAAGUUUCGCAUGAAAAAGAGUUGUUUAUGUAUUUAUAAUUUUGUUUGUUUGCAAUUAAUUUUGAAAAAGUUAUGUUACAUCUUUGGAAAUUUACUGUGAUUAUUGGGCAGAAACACAAGUUAUGUGGAUCGGCAAUAACAGAUCAAAGUGACCUGUGGACUCCCCCCAACUGUGUUAGAUAGGAAGUUAUUUAAACUGAAAAUUGGUAUAAACUGUUGCUGUAAAAUUUAAGAUAUUGGUAUGCUCUAUUAUCUUUUUUUUUCAAAGUAAUAGAAUUAUGUACUUGUCGAAGUGUAAAUAAAAAAUAUCAGUACAAAAUCAAAGCAGUAAAGUACAAAUACGUCAGAUCUUUUACUAUUAAAACGAUAACUGAAUUUUGUCACAUUUAACCGUUGUUUGAAGUAUUUUUCUCCAACUAUGAUAACAUUCCUUGUGUGGGAAACUGUUGGUCGAAGAGAGAGAGAGAGAGGGGGGGGGUGUUCUUCAGGUUAAUUUAAAGGUGGUGCUUGUUGCUUGGAUACAGAGACGUGGUAAUUCUUCUGUUCGAGUACAGUUUGUUUAGAACUUCUGUUAUCAAUCACUUGUGCUGUAGUUACAGUUGUUGGCUGAGAGAUACUUAGCACAAUGUUGUUACCGUUCAAUAAAAAAAGGCGCAUAGAUGGGAAAAUGUCACCAGAUGGCUGUCAGCUUGUAUCCCAGCAGACAAUGCUCAUUGUAGUGUAGGUUCUCCUCUAGUUUCUCGAGGAGGAAAGAUGGCUUCCUCGCAUUGACUCGCUUCAGGGCUCAUAGACGACAGCCAUUUUGAAAGUCAUUUUUAUUGUUCGUACUUUGUUAAGGACUUGUUUUGGCUCUUCAAAUGUACAGUACUUUUCUAUGGGAGGAAGAGACAAAGCAACUUGUUGGGGGACGCCUCUAGCUCAGGUGUCCUGUUCGUAUCUGUAUAAGCAGUGCUCAAAUGAUGUAAUACUCUACGUUAGUCAGUAUUGAUGUUGAUCUUGUUUAUGCUGCUUCAACUUUUUUUCUUACUUGUAAUUUCAAACGGAGAUUAGAGAUGGGUAAGGCUUAGAGAUAAAUCACCUACGUAAAUGUAUUAAGGUGGGGAAUAAAAGAUGGAUAUGGAUGAAAAAAAAUGAAGCACUGAAUUAUUUCGACAAUGAACAAGAAAAAAAAAAUAAAUAAAGGAAAACAGCAAAAAAAAAAAAUUACAUAACCUGGCUUUAAUUUAUAUGUCAAUGAGAGUUGGAAUAAUUGAGAAUAGAUCAACAUGUUUACCUCAAGAAAGAUUUCAACGCCCGCUUAGAAACAUCAAAGAAAACCUCAGCUAGAAAGUUACGUUUAAAAGCUGGGAAAAAAGGAUGUACUGAAGGACUGCCCGAUUCGUUCGUGAAAACACACGAGAUGGUUAGGUUUGGUGAUCAAAGUGCCCUAAGAGGUCUUAAUAGAGCAGAAAGAGGUUUGUUUUCCCAUCAGCUGGGGUCCUUGCAGUUUAGAGAUGUUUUCCUCUACCUCAAACUUAAUACGAAGUUCCUAUGAUAUGCAUGGGCCCAGUUGUUUAGUUUGGUUGUAGUAUCGGUUUUCUUAAAUACACCAACGUUGUGGUGGCGUAUUCACUAUAAUUCCCCACUUCUGUAGAUUGUACAUGGCUAGGUAUUGAACUGAAUGUAUAAAAUUCUCUUUAACCUGUGAGAUGUUUGUUUUGCUGUCGGUAUUAUCAGUGUUAAUCAACAGCUUGUAUCUUGCUGAGAAUUACUAAUCGUGAAAAAAAUGUCAAUGUUCCUAGGUUACGGGUGCAACCAACUACGAAAGCAUACAACUAGAUUUCUUAUUCGCUGUUUUACACACGUCGUCCUACUUCAAACUGUUCCUCACGAUGACGUUACCUGACGUCAUCACUAGCCUGGUAUAUAUACAUAUUUAUACAUAUAUAUAUAUAUAUAAAACUGUCCCUUGACGUGCUUUGAUGAGCAAGUUCCUCGGUAGGAAUUAAGACCCUCGAACCUAUUUUUGACAGAUUUCAUUAAAACAAUAAACAAAUACGGAACUCGUUUAUUUAACAGGGAAUUUGCAUCAAUAUUUAUAUCAAUAUUGUUACUCCACCUAUUAGGUUCAGAUUUUUAAGUCUAUUAAGGUUAAUCAUAAGAAAGCAAAAUCACCAAAUUUGAUUACGUUGCGUUUUAUUUUACUUGCUUUAGUAGUUGUAGAUAUUGUUUCAUAUAUACAUAACUGUUCAGGUCUAUUUUUGGUAUAUUGGUUAAAAGGUUUUACACACAUGGCUUAUGUA